CUAUGCAAAAAAUGCGAAACGAAUGGCUAAGCUUAUCACAACAAAACCAUUCAGCGCAGCGGAACGACUUGUUAAAUACAUUGAGUUUGUGGCAAACAAUAAUGGCAUGCUACCGGAACUGCAAAUUGAGGGAAGGAAGCUCAAUUUUAUUGUGUACCACAAUCUUGAUAUUUUCCUACCAUUCACCAUUUUAACUCUUCUUUUGCCCUUUGCUAUUCUAAAAGUGGUGAGAAUUGUCUUAAGGAAUUUCGGUGACAAAGUCUAUUUGUAUGUUUUAAACAAAGUGAAACGAGAAUAGAA